AUCGGAUGGAACCAUGUCCUUGCUGUCAGCCCUCAGAAGCCCACGUGGCCAUGGCCGGAUAUGAUGUAUCUGAACUUCUGCUUUGGAACCGCGGACCUCGCCCAGUGUUUGCAGCAUUUAUUCUGCCAAGGAACGGAAGAUUACUUCCCAGGAGUUCUUUGAAGUCAAGGUUGGUGAGAGCCUUUGUUUGAGGGGAGAAACAUCAGAUCAGCAGAAGAAGGUGUCCCAGGCCCUACCUAGAGCCAAGAUCACCUGCUGUCCCUGACCACAGUCAUCAUGCCUCGGGCACAGAAGAGUGAGCUCUGCACCGGUGAGAAGCGCCACCAAGCCCAAGGUGGGACCCAGCCUCAGAGGGGUGUUCAGGCCCCUGCGGCCACGGAACAAGCAUUCCCCUCCUCGGCCUCUCCUCCCUUUGAAGUUCUUACUCAGAGAAAUCCUGCUGCCAGGUCACGUAGCGCUCCCAAGAGGUCUCAGAGGGCCCUGUCCGCCACCACAAAGUCUGCAGGUGUUUCUCACACAAGAUCAUACAAAGGAGCCGACUGCCAAGUUGAGAAAAAGCAAAGUUCCGUCCAGUCCCCACUCUCCAUUGUGCAGUCUCAGGGGGACCCUGUGAGCAAAACAGCGAGUGUUUUGGUACAGUUCCUGUUGCACAUGAGCAGAAUGAAAAGGCCCAUUAUGAAAGCUGAUAUGCUGAAGUUUAUCAAUAAAAAGCAGAAACGUCGCUUCGUUGAGAUCCUCAAAAGGGCCUCUUUCAGCUUGGAAGUGGUUUUUGGUGUUGACGUAAAAGAAGUCGAUCCUACCAAGCAUUCCUAUGUCCUUGUCAGCAAAAUGAACCUCCCCAACAACGGGACUAUAAACCGUGGCUGGGGUUUUCCCAAGACCGGCCUCCUGAUGAAUCUCCUGGGCGUGAUCUUCCUGAAGGGCAACUGUGCCGCCGAAGAGAAGAUCUGGGAGUUCCUGAAUAAAAUGAGAGUCUAUGCGGGGAAGAGGCACUUCAUAUUUGGGGAGCCCAAGAAGCUCAUCACCCAAGAUUUGGUGCAGCUCAAGUACCUGGAGUACCGGCAGGUGCCCAACAGCGACCCUCCGCGCUAUGAAUUCCUGUGGGGCCCCAGAGCCCACGCCGAGACCAACAAGAUGAGAGUGCUCGAGUUUUGGGCCAAGAUUAACCAAACAGUCCCAAGUGCCUUCCACCCUUGGUAUGAAGAGGCUUUGAGAGAUGAGCAAGAAAGAGCCGAAGCCACAGUCACACUCCAGGCUGAGACCGGUGCUACGGCCAGUGCAUGUUCCGGGGCAUGUCCAGCAGCUCCUCCCACACCUAGUGAGGUCGAGCCCGAUCCUUCACAUUGUGACCGAAGAGAGCAGUCAGUGUUCUAAGUAGUGGAGGCCUGGGUGUGACUGAGGGAACGGCAUGUAAUCCUUGGUGCUCCUGUUCUGUAUGGCUAAUUUGGAGAUUUAUCAGCAGUUUGAGUUUUUGCUACUUUUCAAAUGUUGCUAUUUUGAAAUGAAAUCUUACCUAGCCUUAUAUAGUGUAAAUUUAUGGAUUAUUUUGGCCUCACUUGUUAUCAGUUUAAAAGUGAGAGUG